AACAGGUAAUCCUUAAGAGAACGAACUCGCAAAGAGGAAAAGACAGCUUUUUUGGGAUAUUUGGGCAUUUUUGGAGCAUUGUAUUAUUAAAAUUGUUUGGUUUUUGUUCGCGUUUUCUUUGUAAUUCAUCAUUUUUUUAAAAUAAGAGAAAUAGACUUGUACUGCAAAAUGGAACUGCAUCAAGAUGAACCGACAUGGCAGCCUGUAUUCAGUGAGAUUCAUUCUUCCGUCCAAGAGGCAGAAGCUGCCCUCCAACAUGAUGGAUCCAUGGAAAAAGCUAUCAAGCAGGUCGGCUACGCAGAUUCUUUAGACGAAAUAUCCAAAAUUGAUGAAUAUAUCUACAUAAGCAGUUGGAAGGCUGCUUCACAGAAAAGUUUACUGGAAAAGAACGAUAUACAAUACGUGCUGAGUGCUAUGAGUUUAGACCCAAAACUAAACUUACCAAGCAGUCACCAUCUGUGGAUUCCUGUCGAGGAUGGGAGCUCGCAAAACAUUCUGCAACAUAUUUCGCAAUCAAUUAAAUUUAUCGAUCAAGCCGUUGCUUCGAAGUCUGGUGUUCUUGUACAUUGUUUCGCUGGCGUAUCUAGGUCCGUCACUCUAGUAGCAGCUUAUUUAAUGAAGAAAAAUGAAUGGAAUCCCGAGAAAGCCUUAAGUUAUAUUUGUUCCAAACGCUUGUAUAUUUCUCCGAAUCCGAGCUUUUUAAGGCAAUUGCACGUGUUCUAUGAAUGUCAUUUUGAGCUUUCUCAACAACAACGUCCGUAUAGACUAUGGCUCUUCCAUAAGUACGGCGAUUUUGCUGUCCUAAACAUCAGAGUGCCAUCUGAUGUAACCUACACUGAGUCCGUUCGAGCUCGCGCAGGACAAACCGAAGUUCGUUGUAAAAAGUGCAGAUUUAUACUUGCAUCCUCUGACUAUAUUAUUCCUCAUGAACCAAAGAAUAAACCGCUUAAUGUCCGCUGUACUCAUUACUUUCUUGAGCCUAUUCGUUGGAUGCAGCCUGAAUUAGAACAAGGAAAUUUAGAGGGUCGUUUCGAUUGUCCCAAGUGCAAUUCAAAGAUUGGUUCCUACCGAUGGCAAGGAAUGCAAUGCAGUUGCCUUGAGUGGGUAUGUCCUGCUCUGAGCGUUAUGCAAUCUCGUGUGGAUGCUGUUCGAAAAGUCAUAUAACGGAUACAAUCCGUUAUAUUCUUACUUGUUUAUGUCGUCUCUCUUUUCAACAGUUUUUUAUUUUGAGAUUUCCUCAUUGUAUUCAUAAUUGUCCUUCUUACACUCCAAAAUUAAAAGAUGUGAAUAGAUGGAGGAAUCGCUUACAAACCUUUCAUUCAUUCGUUACUUUACCUAAAUCUCUUACUCGUACUUUUACUCCUAUGUAUAAUAACAAGCUUAGAAAAGAAAUCAACAUCUAAUUUUACAAAUCUAUUUACUUCAUUAACAUCUCUCAAA